AUGGAGGAAAAGGAUGAAAGGGACCAGCAAGCACAAGGGCAAAUGGAUGUAAGAAGAUCAACACGGGUGAGAAGCCGUGCAAUCAAAUCUCCCUGGUUAGAGGAGGUGAAAAAAGGCCGUGGCAAGAGAAAAGCUGACGAGAAAGAGGAAUUAUUCCAGAUGUGCACGAGAAGAUGUGAUCAAGAUGAAGGUGCCAAGUACAUUGUAGAGAUGUAUGGGUACUUCUUGACACGUGCUGAGCUUUGCUGCCUACAAGACAGGAAAUGGAUGAACGACAAGUUCAUGUCUAUGGUGGCGAGAACCUUGGUGGGAGAUGAAAAAGAGAACCACAGUCGUGAUAUAACAUUGGAGACUGUGACUUCAUAUUUGGCCCCACCCUUUUCAAUUACCAUUGGUUCUGUUACGUGA